AUGGAUAACUAAUCUGAUUUUUAAGAUUCCAAAGAUUCAUAAUUAAAUCAUAAGUAUCAAAAUUCAAAUGGAUCAGUAUUAUAUCCAGAAAGUUUUCAUUCAUAAAAAUAAAGUGAUUAAACAGUACAAUCUCAAGCAGUAAAUGGUUCAUAACUUAAAAGAAAAAGUUCCACAAAAAAUAAAAAUGAAUCUUUUUUAUAAAGUAAUAAUUAGGAUAAACCAAAUGAUUAUGAUGAAUUGAGUAUAAGUGAAAAUGAUGAAAAUUCUUUUAACUAAAAAGAGAAUUAGGCUGAUUAAUCUAAUUCAUAAGAUUAAGGUAAUGAUAAAAUAGAGUAAACAUUUAAUUAAGAUUAAUCUAAAAUGUUGGAAAAUGCUGAUGAUUAAGAUUUUGAAGAUCUACCAGAGAAUGAUUAAAUAAAAAAAUCUGAUGAUUAGAGUAAUAAAGUGACUUAAAUUACAAAAGAGGAAAACUAAUCAAAUAUCAUUCUAAAAUAAGUACCAACUGAAAUUACAGAUAUCAAAUAGAAUGAAGAAGAUAUCCAAAGUAAUGAUAAAAUAUUAGGAACUUAGGAGGUUACAGAAAAAUUCAAAUAAGUUAUUCAAUCUCCCAAGACGAAAUCAAGAUAACUUUCAUAAGAUGAUCCUUAUUAAUUAAAUAAACCAAUGAUGAAACCAUAAUAAUUAUCUUAGUAAGACAAUGAAAGAAGUUAUGAAAAAAAUGUUGAAACAAAUAUUAAAGAAAUUUAUAAAUUUUAUUCUAGAUAAGCUUAAACUUCAAAUAAAUAAAAUACUUUUGAUUAACUUCAUCAGAUUUAGUAAGUAAUGACAUUGUAAAAAUUUAUGUAUUUUUGUAAAGAUUUUGAAUUAAUAGAUUUAGAAAUAAAUAAUGAUUUUAUUUAUUAACAUACUGGAUAAGGUGCAAAUAAGCCUAUUAAUAAAAUUAAAUAUAAACAUAAAGAAAAAGAAAAUUUUGUUGUUACUAAAUUAAUCUUAGUAGAAAUUUUUAAAAAAUGUUCAAAUAUAUAAGAAUUAACAUAUUAAGAAUUCUUGUAUGCUUUAAUAAAGAUAGCUGAUAUUAUCUUCCCUGUAGACAACUCUUUAAGAGCAUUAUAUGAUUAUCUAGGAGUUCAUGAUCCUAAGAUUUAUAGAAAAAAGAUGGUUGUUGUUGGAAAACCAUUCAACACUAAAGAUCAAAGUGAAAUCUUAACUUAAGAAAAGCUAUGUUCACGCAGAUUGGUUUUACCAGCCAAACCUAAACCAAGAGCUGAAAGUUAUAAAUAUGAACCUCCAAUUACAAAUCCUAAUAAUAUAUCACUUUAAGAAAAGCCAAAAAAUUCAGCUAAAAAUUUACAAAAGCCAAAAGAAAAACCAAACAAUCUUAUUAAAUGGGAAGAUUUAGGAAAUGUAUCUAAAGAGUUUGAUCCAAAAGAGUUAUUACUUGCAUAAGAUUUAUCAGAUAAAGAAGAUGAUUAUUAUUUGUAAGAAUAUUUAAUAACUACUACAGAGAAAAUAAAAAAAGAUGAAUCAAUAUUAAAAAUUUAAUAGAAAAAAUAAUAAAAUAGUAAGAAACAGUAGGAAUAAUAAAAUUAAGCUGAUGAGAAAUCAUUAAAAUAAAAUUAAAAUAAUAAUACAAUAUAAGAUCAUUCAUAAUCAGUACCUAAUUAAUAGAAAUUAUUUAAAUAAUUAAUGAAUUAAUAAAAAACAUAAAAUUUACAAACAACAACAACAUAAACUAAUUAAUCUCCAAUCGUUAAUUCCAAUUAAUCUAAUAAUCAAACCCCAUUAUUAUUAUCUAAACAAAAAAAUCUGAUUGGUGGAAGACCUUCAUUAGAAUCUUAAUCUUAUAGUUAAUCAUAUAAAGCAUAAUAAAUUAAAGCAAAUAAAUAAUAAGUAAAAACUGUUUUAAAUACUUCAAUUGAACAUAAUUCUCCUACUACAAUAAGAAAAGAAAAUGAUGGAUUGAAUGCUAUUAAAAGAAUUGAAGCAGAAAAAAAAUAAAGAGAAUAAUAAAUUUUUGUUGCUUUUAUGAAAAAUUAAGAAUAGAGAGAAAAAAAAGUAAAUAAAAAAUGA